GUACCUCGCAGGGGACAUCUUUGGAAUCUGUCCUCCCCUCCUAACGCCAGGUUAAAAACCUCAGCAGCACGUGCUGUUUGCAAAACUGCCUGCCACCGACGCCCCAGAGUUAGAGACCUUACUCACGAGGGGAGCCAGCAUGUCAGCUGUGGUCCUGGGGAACGGAAGCUUCCGCCGGAAACUCUCCUACGGACAGGAAACAAGCUAUAUUGAAGACAACUCCAAUCAAAAUGGUGCCAUAUCUCUGAUCUUCUCACUCAAAGAAGAAGUUGGUGCCCUGGCCAAAGUCUUGCGCUUAUUUGAGGAGAAUGAUAUAAACCUGACCCACAUUGAAUCCAGACCUUCAUGUUUAAAGAAAGAUGAGUAUGAAUUUUUUACCUAUCUGGAUAAAGGUAGCAUGCCUGUCCUGGCAAACAUCAUCAAGAUCUUGAGGCAUGACAUUGGUGCCACUGUCCAUGAGCUUUCCCGAGAUAAGACAAAAGACACAGUGCCCUGGUUCCCAAGAACCAUUCAAGAGCUCGACAGAUUUGCCAAUCAGAUUCUCAGCUAUGGAGCAGAACUGGAUGCAGACCAUCCUGGUUUUAAAGAUCCUGUGUAUCGAGCCAGACGAAAGCAGUUUGCUGACAUUGCCUACAACUACCGACAUGGUCAGCCCAUACCUCAAGUGGAAUACACGGAGGAAGAAAAGAAUACAUGGGGGCUGGUAUUCAGGACCCUGAAGUCCUUGUAUAAAACCCAUGCUUGCUAUGAGCACAAUCACAUCUUCCCACUUCUGGAAAAGUACUGUGGCUUCCGCGAAGAUAACAUUCCCCAGCUGGAAGAGGUUUCUCAAUUUCUGCAGACUUGCACUGGAUUCCGCCUCCGACCUGUGGCUGGCCUACUUUCCUCUCGUGAUUUCUUGGGUGGCCUGGCCUUCCGAGUUUUCCACUGCACUCAGUACAUCAGACAUGGGUCCAAACCCAUGUAUACCCCUGAACCUGACAUCUGCCAUGAAUUGUUGGGACACGUGCCCUUGUUUUCAGAUCGCAGCUUUGCCCAGUUUUCCCAGGAAAUUGGCCUUGCCUCUCUGGGUGCACCUGAUGAGUACAUUGAGAAACUCGCCACAAUUUACUGGUUUACUGUGGAGUUUGGCCUCUGCAAACAAGGAGACUCCAUAAAGGCGUAUGGUGCUGGGCUCCUGUCGUCUUUUGGUGAAUUACAGUACUGCUUGUCUGGCACGCCAAAGCUCCUCCCCCUGGAGCUGGAGAAGACAGCCAUCCAGGAGUACACCGUCACAGAGUUCCAGCCCCUCUAUUAUGUGGCUGAGAGUUUUAAUGAUGCAAAGGAGAAAGUGAGGAACUUUGCUGCUACAAUCCCACGGCCCUUCUCAGUUCAUUAUGACCCAUACACUCAAAGGAUUGAGGUCUUGGACAAUACACAGCAACUUAAGAUUUUGGCCGACUCCAUCAACAGUGAAGUUGGAAUCCUUUGUAGUGCCCUCCAGAAAAUAAAAUGAAACCAUGGACAAAACCUGUCAACUGAGAAUCUGUUGCUGGAAAUCCAACUCCUUUCAUUUCAUCUGAAAAAGUUUGAAAAGCAAACCUUAAUUUGAAUUGAUAGACUUAAAUGCUUUUUGGAACAAGAUGGAGGAUGAACAAAUAAAUCAAAAUAACUUGAAAUGACAUCAUAUUAAUACAUACCCCAAAGCAUAAUCUUUUGGGGUCAUCUUUGAUUUAGAGAUGAUAAUCCCGUGCUCUCAAUUCAAUUAAAAUCAAUAAUCUGUCACAUUUCAUCAAAGUUAAUUAAAAUUGGGACCUGAUUUAUUCAAGCUUCAUAUAUGCUUUUGUUAUUUGCCAUAGAGAAUUCCUAAAAGAAUAUAUAUCACUCAAUGUAAAACACAAGCUUGUCAUUAGAAUUGAAUUUGUUGAUUUAGUAUAAAUCUUAACCUACAAAAGUCAUUUUCUAUUUCAGUAAACUAUGAUUCUAAUUAUUGUUGUGUUUUACCCAUGUAGAUUUCCUUUAAUUCAAGAGCCCAUUAAAAUAGUUAUAAAGGUUGAAGUUCAUAGCAUAAUAUUGAAGCAUUUCUGUAUAUUUUAUUGUAAUCAUAAAUACUGCCAUAGAAGGUAAUAUAACUCCUCACCUGACUCCCACAACUUUCAGUAUCAUUUUCCAAUUAAUUGUCAUCUGUUUUGUAGAUAUUUUGCAGACACAUGUGAUGCAACAGAUGUUAACUGAAGGCUUGACUGGUAGAUAUUCAAUAAAUACUCAUUGAAAGAAUAAGGGAAUACAUUAUUAAAUAGUAAAUCCUCAACAUAAGUGAGAAUUUUAUGUUAUGUUAAAAAAAGUCUAGUGGUUAGAAAAUUUUGCUGUUCCAAAUGUUUCUUGGAAGGAAAUAUUCCUCUCCAUUGCCUUAGAAAUACAUUAACUGGAUAAUUUUGUGACAUGAAAAAAUGAUCAGUCUCAGAUUUCCAACCCAUUACAGGAGUUCACUGUGAUAAUCCAAGUUAUGUCUGGAUAGUCAAAAGACUAACUUCUGUUGGCUGUACAUUUUACACAUACAUGAGCAUGAGUAUCUGAGAAACAGUAGGGAGAAUAACAGCAUCUUUAAAGUUGUGCUUUGAAAUUUUCACUCUAACACUUUAUUUUGGAAAUAGUUAAAUCUUAAAGGACUUGCAUAGUAUUUCUUCACAUGUGAUUCUCAAACCAGCUGUAUCAUCAUCAACAAUAAAUCCUGGGCACGUCCCAGCUCUAUCCAACUAGAAUAUCCAGGGAGGGAGCAUUUUUAAGUACCCCAGG